UGAGCCGCACGCGACUCAACUCACCACCUGACGGAACUCCGCCACGACUGCAAGAAUCAUCCACAAUGGAAACAGUUAAGAAGGUUGAGGAGACGAUGGCCACAGACCUGGGAGCCCUUCUGGACGCUGGGGACGGCGCCAUCGUGAUGCUGGUGGCAGGUGACACACGGCUGGCGGCGCACCGGGCAGUCCUGGUGGACAGGAGCCCUGUGUUCACUGCCAUGUUCCAGCACGACACGCUGGAGGCCAGCAGCGGAGAGGUGGCCAUCGCGGACGUGGAGGGCCCGGUGCUGCGCCAGCUGGUCUCAUACCUGUACACCCUGCAGGCGCCCCAGCUGCCCAGCAUAGCCCCCCAGCUGCUUGCUGCAGCAGAUAAGUACGCCUUGUCGGGGCUUAAGGCAGAGUGUGAGAAACAGGUGGCCGCACAGCUGGCUUUGGAAACCGCAGCGGCCACAGCGGUUCUCGCGGUGAGGCACUCUUGUGGCAGCCUCAGGCAGGCUGCAAUCACCUUCAUCAAGGCACACACCCACCAGGUGAUGGCCACCCAGGGAUGGGCAGAUGCGAUGCUUCGUCAGCCUAAAGAUUUGAUUGAAGUGAGCCGGCUGCUCUCUGAUCCACCGGCAGAAACCAGCACACCAACCGCUACACAAGUGAGGUCCACCACCACCACCACCACCACCACCACCACCGCCAGCGCCACCCGCCAGUCCCACAGCAGUCAGAUUCCUGCUGCAGCUGUGCCGGCAACAGGAACAGCAACGACAACGGCAACAGCAACAGCAAUGGCAACAACAACGGCUCCUUCACUUGAUGGCGAUGCAGUCUCUCGCAUACAGAGACUUUCUCAACAAGGGAAAAACAGAAGGCUGAUCCAGGCAGCUGAGCAGGGGGCCGUAGAGGAGCUGAGGGCACUACUUGCUGCAGGGGCGGAUGUGGGGGUGAGAGACAGGGGCGAGCACGGGAUGACUGCCCUGCACUGGGCAGCGGAGGGGGAACAUAUGGAGGCCGUGAGGUGUCUACUGGAUGCUGGGGCGGAGGUGAACGACAGGGACAGCAACCAGAACACACCUCUGCACUUGGCUGCAUACAAUGGUGAUGUGGCUCUGGUGCGGAUACUGCUGGAGUCAUCUGCUGAUCCCAACGCAAGGGAUAAGUGGGGGAGAACGCCGCUGCACGACGCAGUGUGGCGUGGCCACAUGGAGGCGGCGACUGUUCUGCUCGACGGAGGCGCUGAUGUGGAUGUUAUGGAUGACGAUGGGUUCACCCCCCUGGACAAAGCCAGGCAGAAAAACAACCAGCAGCUGAUAGAUUUGUUAUCAUGAGGCAGGCUGAUCUACAAAAUUUUGUGUAAUAGUACUGAAAUAGUCUCUCUAAAUCUGUUUCUUAUGUUUUAAAAUAAAGAAUGAAAAAAGUUGUUGCUACAGCUA